CCCCCGACGUCUGUUGCCGUCCGCGGUGCUGCAGGCAAAAAUGGCGGCGCUCAGGUCCUUGUGGCGGCUGCGGACACCUUCAGGGUCAUCUUGGGUGCAGGGUAUUGCACUGGGGACGGCGCCCCACAGAUCAAAGCAGUGGCAACCCGAUGUGGAAUGGAUCAAGGGGUAUUCUGGUGCUGUCAUGUACCCCACCAAAGAGACAGAAAAGUGGGUCCCUCCCCCUUGGAAUGACAAGGACCCUCCGGCUGAGAAGAAAGUCUCCAACCUGACCCUCAACUUUGGGCCCCAGCACCCUGCGGCCCACGGGGUCUUGCGGUUAGUCAUGGAGCUGAACGGGGAGACGGUGAAGAAGUGCGACCCCCACAUUGGCCUGCUCCACCGGGGCACUGAAAAACUGAUCGAGUACAAGACGUAUCUUCAGGCUCUUCCAUACUUCGACCGGCUCGACUACGUCUCUAUGAUGUGCAACGAACAGGCCUACUCCUUAGCCGUGGAAAAGCUGCUCAACAUCCGUCCGCCCCUGAGGGCUCAGUGGAUCCGAGUUCUCUUUGGUGAAAUAACACGUCUCUUGAACCACAUCAUGGCCAUCACCACCCAUGCCCUGGACAUUGGCGCCAUGACUCCUUUCUUCUGGAUGUUUGAGGAAAGGGAGAAGAUGUUUGAAUUCUACGAGCGGGUCUCCGGGGCCCGGAUGCACGCUGCUUAUGUCCGCCCAGGAGGGGUCCACCAGGACAUGCCUCUGGGGCUGAUGGACGACAUCUACGAGUUCGUGAAGAACUUCUCCAUCCGGAUCGAUGAGGUGGAAGAGUUGCUGACUAACAAUCGAAUCUGGAAGAACCGCACCAUUGAUAUUGGCGUGGUAACAGCAGAGGAAGCCCUCAACUACGGUUUUAGUGGAGUGAUGCUUCGUGGCUCAGGAAUCCAUUGGGACCUUCGCAAAAGUCAGCCCUACGAUGUCUACGACCAAGUGGAAUUUGAUGUCCCAAUUGGGUCACGGGGAGACUGCUACGACAGGUACCUGUGCCGAGUGGAAGAGAUGCGGCAGUCGCUCCGUAUCAUCUUGCAGGCCCUCAACAAGAUGCCCGAGGGGGAGAUCAAGGUGGACGACGCCAAGAUCUCCCCUCCAAAGAGAUCCGAGAUGAAGACCUCGAUGGAGGCCCUGAUCCACCACUUCAAGCUGUACACGGAGGGCUACCAGGUGCCCCCUGGAGCAACGUACACCGCCAUCGAGGCCCCCAAGGGAGAGUUUGGCGUGUAUCUGGUCUCCGACGGCAGCAGCCGGCCCUACCGCUGUAAGAUUAAAGCUCCCGGCUUUGCCCACCUGGCCGGCUUGGAUAAGAUGUCGAGAAACCACAUGCUUGCAGAUGUGGUGGCCAUAAUCGGCACCCAGGAUAUUGUCUUUGGUGAAGUGGACAGAUAAGCUCUGUGCCCUCAGGCCGAAGUGAAGCCAUGCCUGGUACCCAGAGACUGUGUCCUCCGCCCAACACAGGAUGUCGAAGUGUCGUCUUGCGUGUACAGUCCCCCGCGCGCGUGUCGGUGUGAGUGUGUGUGGCCGCCGCACACCUCGGGCGGGGCUUUGCUCAAUAAAAAGUGUUCUCGGCAAACCUGCAGAAUGUACCCAACCAGCCUGUGAAGUGAGGCCUCUGUGACCAGCUGAGGAGUGAGGCUUCUGCUGCCCAAGGCGGCUUCUCAUCUGCCCUCGCCUUCCCAGCUGGGCUUCUUCCCCUUCUCUCUCUUUUCAGCGGUGCGUUUAUGUUGGGCCCAGAGCGGCUCUGUCGGCAGCCUGCAGGCCUCUCCUUGUGGUUUGCUUCCUCCCUUCCUCUCUGCCACAGCUCCAUCUUCACUCAGGCCUGUGUGCAGCUCAUGCCAAAAGCAUCCCAGCAGCGGGCAAGCCAUUCUCCACGUGGCCCGCUCGGUCGCAGCUGGCGCAGGCCUGGCCUUCCCGACUGCAAUAAAAGCCGUUCGUUUUUAUUGAUCGA